CACAAAAAGACGUGGCGGCAUAUAUGGACAUGAUGUCGGAACAUUUACAUGUGACCAUGUGAAUUAAUAUGCAUUUUAUUCUGUAGUUUGUUUGAACCAGAAGUUUUCUACGUUAGACUUGAUCGAUUAUUACGUUAGAUUGGUGAAGCAGUAAAUAUUCAUGCGAUGUUACAAAAUUCGACUUACAUCGAUCAGGCUGAGAGACGGUUGAAAUUAUAUUUGCUUCAUGUAUUGACCGAAGACGAUAACUACUUGAAACGUUUGUCAACAAAACCGUUGCUAAUACCGAAACUUUUAUCAUUAAUUUCAUGUGAACAUGAAUCCUCGAAACCAGAAAGAACUAAAAUUGAUGAAGAGAAUCUUUUGAAAAUUCUCAAACUAACUGAUUAUUUUGCAUUCGUCCAAACCAUUGAAAUGAAUGGAAUUAUUGAAAAUUUAACUUCUCUUUCAACAUACAUUAUAUUAUGUUUAGAAAAAUUAAUAAAAAUAUCAAAAUGUCAACGAAUUCUUCGUAAUCAUAAUGGAAUACCAAUUUUAUUGAAUUAUUUAAGAGUAUGUUUGCAGUACAAAUCCAAUUUAUCCAAACCUAGAAACGUAAGAGAACUGUCCAAUUGUUCAGUUUAUAUAAACUCGUCGACAUAUACCGUAAACACUUCGAUAGAAUGUCUCUGUGAAACGAAAUCGGUACAUGAUUUUGAUCAAGAUACUAUACGGCGCAAUACAUCUAUAUGUGGUAUAUUAUCUCAAUUGGCAAUGAAUGAUUUUUAUGCUCAAAUUAUUGCACGUGAAAAUGGUAUAUAUUUGAUUGGUUCACAAUUAUUAAUUAAAUAUUCAGUUGAGUCAGAAUUGAAACAAACUAAUAAUGUUGGAGAACAACAGAUAAUUGAUAUAAAUAAAUUUGGAUUAGCAAGUAUUCGUCAUUUAUACGUAAAUGCAUUUUGUGCAUUACGUAGACUAUUUAUAUCUGAACAUAAUCGCCGUUUAAUCAAAUCAUUUUUACCAUCAUCUUUAUUAUCGGAAUUAAUCGAAAUCGAUAUCAAGACAUCAACAAUUACAAAUGAUUAUGAAAACUUAGUCAAUCUACUUGAAUCAAUGAAUAAUGAAGAAUAUAAUGAACUUAUUGAAGGUAUAAUUUCUUGUGAUGUAAAUCGAACACCUAUUCAUUGUGUACGUGAAUAUUCAAUUUUAGAAUUACUUGGAACUGGUGCAUAUGGUAAAGUUUUUAAAGCAACAAAAGAUAAAAUGCCUCAUAAUAGUUAUGCAAUUAAGAAGGUUAGUACUAGUCAAAUAUUUUUUGGUCGAACAUCCGAUGAACGUCAAAAGUGUAUUGAUCGUAUAUUGAAUGAGGUCAAUGUUAUACGUCAACAACUGAGACAUCCAAAUAUUGUUCGUUAUUAUAAAACAUUUUUAGAUUCUGAUCAUUUAUACAUUGUGAUGGAAUUAUUGGAUGGUGUUUCGUUGACAGAGUUACUUAUAUCUUUUAAAGAGAAGAAUAUACAUUUCCGUGAAUCCCAUAUCUGGAAUAUAUUUAUUCAGCUAAUAUUAGGUUUACGUUAUUUACAUAAAGAGAAAAAAAUACUGCAUAGAGAUUUAUCAUCAAAUAAUAUAAUGAUUAGUGAAGGUAACAAGGUUACUAUAACGGAUUUCGGUUUAGCAUAUCACAAAACAUUCAAUUCAAAUGAAACAAAAUCAACUGUUGGUACAUUAUUUUAUGCUUGUCCAGAAAUGAUACAAUGUCUUCCGUAUGGUGAAGGUGCAGAUAUAUGGGCACUUGGUUGUAUUCUAUAUCAAAUGUGUACAUUCACUUCACCAUUUCAAGGUGAAUGCAUUCUUAGUACUGCAUCACGUAUUGUAAAAGGUGAAUAUCAGUCAGUUAAAAUUAAAUGUCCAAAUCAAUAUUCUAAUCUUGUUGAUCAAAUAAUUGAAGUUUGUCUAAAACCUGAUCCAACCCAGAGACCUGAUAUAACAGGUGUGGCUACUUAUUUGACCAGUGAUAUUCUGUCCCAAUUAGAUGCUACACAAUCAAAAUGUGCAAAAAUUAAAGGAAAAUUAAAAGAGUUUCAAAAUACCAUUAUAUGUGAUUUGUGUUGUCCUUUUAAACACUCUAAGGAUGAACAAGUUUAUGAGAAACUUAGUACAUAUAUUAAUAAUGUUGGAGUACCUGAUUCCAAUGUAGGAAAAAUAUCAACUACUGCACAAAUUUCACCUACAAUAACAAUCAGUCAGGGUAAUUUACGUGAAAUCAAUGAUCCAGUACUCGGUAUGAUUACAGUAAUGCAUAAGUUAGGGUAUCUUUCUCAAGAAUCCUCAUUCAACAAUAAUAUCAGUUUAGAAUAUGAAGCUAUUCAGUAUAUAGUGAAAAGCUACCAACAUCGAUUAUUUGCUGCCGGUAUAGAACCAAUUACAAUAAAAGAGGAAUUAUUUAAACUUACAUCUCACUGUUCAGAUUGUGUAAAUUAUAAAUUUUUGGAGAUUAAUAAUAAAGAGAGUAAUUCUUCAUUAUUGAAUAUACUUAAAAGUAAUUAUGAGAUAUCUAUUUUAUGAUUACAGAUUGUUCAACCACAGUUUACAUUUGACUAAUUGUUUUAUUGUAAAAUUACUAUAUAUAUUUUUUGAUGAUGUAUAUUUGAAUUAAUUUGAAGUAAGAAGCAAGUGUCUAAAAUAACGUUAGUAACGAACACAGUGUUAACUUGUUGAACUGAUGUUUGAAAAAAACAUAAGUAUAAAUGUCUAUGAAAAGAGUUAGUUGAUUUCUCGACUUUUUCAAGGUUCACCUGACAUUCGUUUAUUCAAUAUAUCGAUUAAGAAUAUGGUCAGUUUUAUAUUACUUUUGGUAAAUUUACAUUUUUAUUUAGAUUUAUCGUAUACGAUAAAAGGGAGAAGUUUAACAAAUCAGUUUACCUCGAUAAUUUUUAAAAGGUUUUUAAACUAGGUUUUAAGACCCCACUGAUUUUGCUCUGUGGAUCGAUGAUCUGAUUGAUAAUCUUUAAACAGGUUUUUAUUCAUCAUUUAACAACACAUUUAUGUCUUCACGAUUUCAUUUUAGCUCUCUUUAUACUGCAAUUUAUAUGGUUUGUCGAAAUAUGGCCAAUUAAGAUGAAGUAGCUAUUGAUUUUCUACGCAAUCAUGGAUUUCCUAUCCUCAUAUUUUAUUUCAACUUAUUCUAAACUUUAUUCUGUAAAUUAACUCAUUACCUAAGGAUAAAAAUUCUCGAAAUGUUUCGAGUAUUCUGUACCCGAAGGUUAUUAAAUGACUAUUAUUAAAACUAGGUCACAAUUUGAUGGUCCUGGAAGAAUUAAGGCUAAUUAAAGUUCGGGAUGAUUAGAUCAAGUAACCCAUGACAGCAGUUUUGAGUUAUAUAGCAAUGUGUAAGUUCUCUAUAUCAAAUCCACGGCGUUGACAAUCGUUUUAUAAGUAGCUUAUAUGUAACAUAGUUCGCAACGUUAUAUUUUUUCUAUGUUAAUUCAAUACUUGCCUAUAUGAAGUAACGUAAUAUUGUCCUAUGUUAUAAAAUAUUUUAUCUGCGUAAAUUAUCAGAGUAAAUUCACAUAUACCAGACAGUUAACCUAAACUUCACCGAUCCAAUCUUCAAUCGGAAAGAUGUGACAAAUUGGAGUAUAACGUUAUUUACCCUCACCGAUAACUUUUAGAGAAAUGCGACCAAGUAUCCUUUUUAGUUAAAAUUGUUCAACAGUAUUCAUCUACAUUUCGACACUCGAUCAAACCUAAUUCACUCAGUUUAAAAGUAAAAAUUAAAGGACCACAAUUGAGUAAUUGGUAGGCUAGAGAAAAGAAAUACGUAGCCUUUUAAUCAUUCGACUGUGAUAUUGCAUUAUAUUUAGUACAUAUGUUUAUGAUAUACUACUCAUUCAAAAUGUGUUUUUGUUUUUACUUUUAUAGAGUUUUCACCUGAUCUGGCUGUCAAAUUAGACAGAAAUGGUUAUAUCAAUUAUGCUAUUUUGAUGUAUUUAAUAGACUUAUUAUUAAAGCAAUGUACAUCAUAUUUUUCUUAAAUUAUCGUACAUAAUUGUUUUACUAUUAAUUCAAUUCAAUUUCAACUGUCUCUCUGUAAAUUAACUAUUGAUGGAAGUGGAAUUUGUUUUAUUUUAUCCUUUUCUUUUUUAAACGAAAUGAGAAUUUAUCACUUCUGUAUUGUCUUGAAGUUCGUAUUUUACAUUAAUAGUUUAACAUUUACACUUAUUAUUUAUUGAAUAGAAAAUCAAGUUUUCUGAUGGGAAAAUAAUUCAGUUAACGACAGUUUAAUUAAAAGUUUAGAUUUAAAUUAAUUCAUGAGAAAAAAAUGGUUCAGAAAAGAGUUCUCUUGUCGGUGAAUGCAUUUUAAAAACUGUAUAAUAGAGAAUAAGUACUUAUUGUUCUAAAGUGAUAAAAAUUACAAUAUUGGUGAUAA